AAUGAGCGAUUCCUCACCUGCGCGGAUAGCUUAUGCUGUUAGACUUUAGCUUCCCGCCAGUGGAUCCUCCAUUGUUAUCAAUCUUUCUUCUCCGAUGCCUGGUGACUCUUCCCUUUGAAUCUUAUUGUUCACUUUCGGACAUAUCGUAUGUCAACGAGUCUCCCCGCUACUAGUCUGCAUAGAUCUUUCUCGCUCUGGUCGUAUUAGCGACUCGGCAUAUUCUGCUAAUCGGCGGUCGGUGUAUCACGACUGUCGUGUUUCCUUGCUUUCUAGCGAUGGGAGCGUUGUUCUCGAAGCGCAAGGCCGUUACGGAUGUCGACAAGGCGAUACUGUCGCUGCGAACGCAAAAGCGGAAACUAGCGGAGUACCAAAAGAAGGUCGGUGCAGUCAUCGAGCGGGAGAAGGAGGUGGUCCGGCAGAUGGUGAAGGAGGGCAAGAAGGACCGCGCGCUGCUCGCGCUGAAGAAGAAGAAGCUUCAGGAGGACGCUCUUGGGAAAUCCGACGCAUGGGUGUUGCGAGUGGAGCAACAGCUGGCGGACAUCGAGAUCACAAGCCGCCAGGCCCAAGUAUUCGAGAGCCUCAAGGCGGGGCACAUGGCAAUUCAGGAGCUGCAGAAAGAGAUCAGCCUGGAGGACGUGGAGAAGCUCAUGGGGGAGUCUGAGGAUGCAAAGGCCUUCCAAGACGAGGUGGCUGCCAUGCUGGCAGGUGCGCUCUCAGAAGAGGCUGAGCUGGCAGCUCUUGCUGAGCUGGAGGCACUCGAGACAGAGCUCGCGCUAGAGGAGGUCCAGCAAGAGAUGCCUGCUGUGCCUGAGGUGCCGGUCCUCCCGGAUGUGCCAAAGGAGCCGCCAGUCAAAGCACCGGUUGAAGGGGAGGAGGAGAAGAAAAGUGCUGCUGUGGCUGAGGCUGAAGCUGAGGAAGAAACGAGCAGAGAAAGAGUCCGUGAGGAGCCUCUUCCUGCAUAGCCUGCCUGUUAGAUUAGAAGAACACUCAGAGACAGAGCCGACGACUGCCUCAUGAGGGCCCUCCCCACCGCCGAGGGGAAUGGACAUGCCGCCGAGAGGGCGGGGGCCGCUGCACCAGCCUCUGACGUUCAAGCCGCCGCUGUUGCCGCGGGCCGGGCGCCGCCGCACACCGCCGCCGCCGCCGCUGUCGUCACUGUCGCUGCUGCCGCCAUAGCCAUCCCGCGGGCCGUGGGAUCUGCCCACUUCCGGAGUCGUUUCGGUUCCUGCUGGGAAUGGGGGUGCUGGGCUAGGGGGUGUGGGUGUGGGUGUGGGUGUGGGUGUGGAUGUGGGGGUGUGAGUGGGCUUGACACUACCAAGCCUAGGAGGUGUGUUCAAAUUAUAUAAGUUAUAAUUUAAUAUAGGCUUGGUAGGUUGUUACCGAACCUUACUGUAGAGGGUACAAACCCCUCCUUGUACUCCUCUCUCUUUCUAAUCUAUUCUCUUCUCUCUC